AUGGGGCCCAGCGACAAGGCUCUCGCUGGAUCUAGGGUUGAGAACGUUAAAGCGCUGCUUGAGGUGGAGACGACCGUGUCGCUGCAACAGCAGCAACUUCAUUUUAAUGGUAUUGUGAUGAAGAACUCGGAUCGAUUGAGUUUGAUAGGUGUAAGGGAUGGAGAUAUGGUUAUGAUGGUUCCCGCUGCAUCUGCAUCUCGGCCGGCACCCAAUGAUCUAAGAAUGAAUUCUGACGGUUCGGCUGUGAAUCCGGGGGCGUUCCAGCAGAAGAUUCGACAGGAUUCCCAGAUGAUGGCUCAACUUCUUCAGAAUGAUCCUUCACUUGCACAAGCUAUCUUGGGGGAUAGCCUUGAUAACCUCCAGAACCUUUUGAAAGAGCGUCACCAACAGAAGUUGGUACUACGCCGUAAACAAGAAGAAGAGCUUGCUCUGAUGUAUGCAGAUCCUUUUGAUGUCGAAGCACAGAAAAAAAUUGAAGCAGCUAUACGACAGAAAGGAAUAGAUGAAAAUUGGGAGGCGGCAAUAGAGCACAACCCUGAAGCGUUUGCACGUGUUGUCAUGUUAUAUGUGGAUAUGGAAGUCAAUGGUGUACCUUUGAAGGCUUUUGUUGACAGUGGAGCACAAUCUACAAUAAUAUCAAAACAAUGUGCUGAACGUUGCGGGUUAUUGAGACUCCUGGAUCAGCGUUAUAGGGGUAUUGCUGUUGGGGUCGGCCAGUCAGAGAUACUAGGUCGUAUACAUGUUGCACCAAUUAAGAUUGGCCAUUUAUUUUACCACUGCUCCUUCACUGUAUUGGAUGCUCCGAACAUGGAAUUUCUCUUUGGGCUUGACAUGCUGCGUAAGCAUCAGUGUAUAAUUGAUCUAAAAGAAAACGUCUUAAGAGUGGGUGGGGGAGAGGUUUCUGUGCCAUUUUUGCAAGAGAAAGACAUCCCCUCACAUAUCCGUGAUGAUGAGAGGUUAGCUCAGCAAGCUCCUUUGGGCCAAGUAUCAGCUCCAGGAACAUCUGGCUCAGGUGACAAGACUGCUAACGUGCCUGCUCAGGCACAAAGUUCUGGUGCUACACAAAUUACUAAUACACAGGGAGUUGAUUUUGAGGCCAAAAUCUCCAAGCUGGUGGAGCUUGGAUUUGAUAGACAAGCCGCAAUGCAGGCUCUUAGGCUGUUCAAUGGCAAUGAAGAACAAGCAGCUGGUUAUUUAUUUGGAGGCUGAUAAUAUUUUCUCUCGUAUAAAAUUACAAUGUCAUUGGGUUUACCUUAAUCUCAAACAUGAGCAAAGGGCGCCCCUUUUCACUUUUAUUUAAUUUGCUUUUCAAACUCUUUCUCAACAAUAGAAUAUUGGUUGUUUAAUCCAAAUCUAAUACCUUUUAAAAUUAAAGGCAGAUUACAAAUUGCAACUUUAUGAAUAAAGGUCAAUAUUUCUUCUC